AUGGGCGAAUCCAGUAACUUCGUUUUAAAAAGGAUUGGCACGUACGACCUCACUGGAAGUAAACUGGGAAAGGGCAACUUUGCGUACGUCGAGCUGGCAACGAACCGCAUUACGAAAAGCAAGGUUUGUUCCAUGAGCUUGCCUUAUGAUUACAAUGCUAUUUAGAAAGGAUUGUUCGUUGGCUUAAUUACUCCCAUUGUCAGCCAUUGUCACGAACUGUGGGUGUGUAGAAUGGGUAUUAUUCAUCGGUUUAAUUACGCGAGGUGACCUGUUUUAUUACUUAUCACAGUUAGUUUUGCCGCCGCUUAACUCAGCUUGGUUAUAUUAUUAAAAAUCCAUCUCCUAGGUGGCCAUGAAGGUUAUAGACACGCGGAAAAUUAAAGACGAAUACGUCAAGAAGAACAUUCUACGGGAGGCUUUACUGCUCAAGAAAGUCAAUCACCCGAACAUUGUUCGACUGUAUGAGACGCUCAAACAGAACUCAAUUUACUGCAUCGUGACAGAGUACGUUCCCGGAGGCGAGCUGUUGAGCUAUUUACGAAGUCAAAACGACUGCAAAUUGAGCGAAUCACAGGCCAGGCCUUUUAUGAGGCAGCUUAUUUCAGCGCUGUACCAUAUGCAUGAGCAAGGCAUAGUACAUCGGUAAGACACUCAAAACAAGUGCAAUUUUGAUAAC